GAUAAUAAUGAUGGUUCCUUUUAGUCUCAAGAAAGCAACUCUUUCAAAGACAUGCCCUUUUUAAAUUCCUGUUGUUUUUCUCUUCCUUUGACAUAAGAGAGACAGAAAGGAGAGAGAUUGAGUGGGAGUAGGUGAUGUUCUAAUCCGAUUCAAGCAGAAAGGGGAAAAAAAAAAAAAAAAAAAAAAAAAAACUGAGAGAAAGAAAGAAGAUAUAUUUCGAGAGAGAAAAAAAGUACCAUACGAGACCCUUUUUCGAAGUUUGUUCAGGCUGCUCUCUUUGUCCGGUUUGAGUUUUUGGAUUCCAAACUCCUUUAACUCCCCCCUUCUAUAUCAGUAUAUCUGCCACUACUCUCCCAAGUCCUCACCCAACUCACGGACUUUUGUAAAUUAGGGUUCUCAAAGACAUCCCAGUUUUCUGCUUUGUUUCUUUCUUCUGUCUAUAAAAGACAGACAGCUAGCAUUCUUGCCUUUAGUUCUAGGUCCUUUUUUGUUACUUCCAUGGAUUUGGGUUUCUAGCUUCCUGUAGAAUUUGAAGGAAAGAAAAUGGCGCCAGAUGCGGAGAAGAACAGCUCCAAAGGGCAAGCAUGGUUCUGUACCACUGGUUUACCUAGCGACAUUGUGAUCGAAGUAGACGACAUGACCUUUCACCUCCACAGGUUCCCUUUGAUGUCCAAAAGUCGGCAGCUUCACCAGCUCAUAAUCGAGGAAGAGAUGAAGACGGAACGGCGAGAAGAGACUGACCGGAACGGUGGGGUUGAGGUUGAAGGAAAUGAGAUUGAGGAGGUACAGUGUUACAUAACACUCCCACCGGACUUCCCCGGCGGCUCCGAGGCGUUCGAGAUGGCGGCCAAGUUCUGCUACGGCGUCAAGAUCGACCUGAACGCUUCCAACGUGGCGCUCCUCCGCUGCGCCGGGGAGGUCCUGGAGAUGACAGAGGAAUAUUCUGAGGACAACCUUAUCUCCAAGACCGAGAGGCUUUUAUCCCAGUCGGUGCUCAAGAGCCUCAAGGACUCUGUCAGAGCACUGAAAUCCUGCGAAAAAGUAAUGCAUUUGGCUGAGGCGCUGGGGAUUACGCAGCGGUGCAUCGAUUCGAUCGCUUCGAGAGCGUCGUCGGCCGAUCCCUCUCUAUUCGGCUGGCCGAUGAGUGACGGAGCAAACACCGGGAACGAAGCUCGGGGUACUUCUGCUGCGAAUCAACAGAUCCUCUGGAACGGGAUCGAGACCAGCGGGAGAAGAAAGGGUUUGCGUAGGGGCCCGAAUGCUGAGUCUUGGUUGGAGGAUUUGGUGCUACUCAGCCUGCCAUUCUUUAAGCGUUUGAUUUCCGCGAUGAAAGCAGAAGAUCUGAGCCCGGAGAUCAUCGAAAGCUGCUUGAUUUUAUACGCGAAGAAACACAUCCCGGGCAUUUCUCGUUUGAACAAUCGAAGGCCGUCGUCGUCGUCGUCUUCUUCAUCAAUAGCAAAUUCAGAGAGUGAACAGAGGGAACUCUUAGAGACUAUAAUCUCCAAUCUUCCAUUGGAGAAGAGCUCCUCGAGGUCGUCUUCCACGGCAACCAGAUUCUUAUUCGGAUUGUUGAGGACGGUAAAUAUAUUGAACGCCUCAGAAGACUGCAGAGCUGCUCUGGAGAAGAAGAUCGGGUCCCAGCUCGAGCAAGCCUCGCUAGAUGACCUCCUGAUUCCGAGUUAUUCGUAUCUGAAUGAGACGCUGUAUGAUGUUGAUUGCGUCGAGAGGAUCUUAACGCACUUCCUCCAUGGAUUAGAGCAGCAGAGAAUCCAAGGCGAGAAUAUAGACAAUGGAGAUGGAGUAGACAGAGUCAGAUCUCCAGCGUUGAUGCUAGUUGGAAAAUUAAUCGACGCUUACUUAUCAGAGAUCGCCUCGGACGCCAAUCUCAAGCCAGAAAAAUUCUAUAGCCUAGCGAUUUCGCUUCCAGGUCAAGCUAGACUCUUCGACGACGGUCUUUACGGAGCCGUUGAUGUCUAUCUCAAGGCGCAUGCAUGGCUGCCGGAGGCGGAGCGAGAGAAGAUCUGCGGAGUGCUGGACUGUCAGAAGCUCUCGCUAGACGCAUGCACGCACGCGGCACAGAACGAGCGUCUUCCUCUCCGGGCAGUUGUGCAAGUUCUGUUCUUUGAGCAGCUUCAGCUUCGACAGGCCAUCGCGGGAACUCUGCUCGCGGCCGAAACGACGGCGCCACUAGGUCCCGGAAGGCUCUCGGCCCAGCUCCGACGGCGGGAAGAGGAUCAAGACGAUGCGGAAGAAGUAGACGCGGGAGAUUCGGCGGUACAUGCGGAGGGCGGGGAGUGCAGCGCGAUCACGUGGCGGGCAACGGUGAGGGAGAAUCAGGUGCUGCAGCUGGACAUGGAUAGAAUGAGGACGCGGGUGCAUCAGCUGGAGCGGGAUUGCUCCACGAUGAAGCGAGUCAUCGAGAAGAUCGACAAGCAGGCGGCCACGCCAGUAAACGGACGCUGGAUGAGAGGCCCUUCGAAACUGACGAGGAGGUUCGGGUGUAAGUUCAAGACACAGGUGUGUGACUCACACGAAGCAACGGUCGUGGAUGCUCCGAGAAGAGGACGACACCAUCAUCAGCAGUAGAGCUUCGCCGCAUGGAACCGAUUCAUCUUCGGUGGAUCCCACGGUAGUCCGACGUGUAAUCGCAAUUGACGUAAUAAUGUAUGGAGUCGCUAUAAUAGUAUGCCACGUGGAUUCUGAUACAAAAGCUGGGAAAUAAAAAUUCGACACAACUUUUGAGGGGGUGA